AUGACUUACGUCGACACCUGGGCUUCACCACUACCUGUGGGGGGUAUGACCCAGCUACUCCCCUACGCCGUAGGCCUCCUCAUCACCUGGCCCGUAGUCACCACAGCCCUACGGUUCCAGCGUCUACGCAACCUCCACAAGCAAUAUGACUACCCAACACGCGAGUCGAUGUCCAAAAUGACCGACGAAGAAGCCUUCCAAAUCCAAAAACAAGUCGCACAGCUAGAAUUCCCAUUCAUUUUUAUCAAGAGCUUACAGUUUGCCUUAUUCCGGACCUACGGCAUCCCCUCAAUAUCCACCCUCCUUGCAAAAACAAGCCAAUUCUCCAACCCGGAAACCUCCCUGAAGCGGUAUACAGAUACCACCGUCCUCAUACAAGAAAUGGUCGGUAACAACCCGACUUCUGAACGCGCAUACCUCGGUCUGGCCAGGACACGCUAUCUACACAGCGGGUACAGAGCCUCCGGUAAGAUCCUCGAUGACGACAUGCUCUAUACCCUGGCGCUGUUUGCGCUCCAGCCGAUUCGGUUCAUCAAUCAAUAUGAGUGGCGCCAGCUGAGUGACCUGGAGCGCUGCGCUAUCGGGACUUUCUGGAAAAGUGCGGGCGAUGCGCUUGAUAUUAGUUAUGAGAAGCUACCAUCUGGUAAAACUGGGUUCCGGGAUGGGAUUCAGUGGCUCGAGGAGAUCGACGCUUGGAGUGGGGAGUACGAGGCGAAGUCCAUGGUGCCUCAUGCUAAGAAUCGUGAGGUAGCGGAUGAGACUACUGCGAUGCUGCUUUACAUGCUACCUACGAUCUUCCAUCCGUUUGGGUUGCAGGCUGUGUCCUUUAUGAUGGAUGAUAGGCUUAGGAAGGCGAUGUUCUACGAUCCUCCCUCCAUAUUCUGUGUAGCACUCCUCUCGACCGUUCUCACAGCCCGCAAGCUAUUCCUCCGCUUCCUGUCUCUGCCACGACCUUACUUCAUGCGCUUCGCCUCGUUCACCGAGGAACCGGAUCAGAACAACCGCUUCUUCCUCACACACUGGGAUGCCGCGCCGUACUAUGUCAAGCCCACGUUUUGGAACCGCUGGGGCCCUACAGCCUGGCUGACUUGGGCUCUAGGGCGGCCUGUGCCUGGUGACGAGGGGAACAAGUAUUAUCCCAAUGGAUAUGACAUUCCAGAUGUUGGACCGAAGUAUUUUGAGGGCAAAGGGAGGAAGCAGUUGGAUGAAACCCUGUUGGAGUUGAAAGGGUAUCGGACUGGGAAAUGUCCGUUUCAUUAA